AUGGGUCCUGUUGCUGCUGAUGAUGGCAUGGAAGGCUCAUCAUCGGAAGUUCCCAGCAGCAACAAGGCGGAUCAAGAGUUGGAGCAAGUCGUCCAGAAACUGAUUGCGCUCAAAGACACUGCUAGUACUGACCUCGAAGACAAGAAAGACAUGCCACACAAGAUUACGAGUCUCGUUCAAGAAUUGGAUACCGUCGAGUCGGCCAUGGAGUUGAUCGAAGCCAGAGACGAUAUCCCGGAAUACUUCACCGAGCUCCUCGCCAAAGCCAAGACCAACCUAGCUACCAUUCGAAAGAUAUCUACCGAUGUUGCGGAGGAUCUAACUACUACUACUACUGGUAUUGGGGGCCCUCGCGAGCAGCAGAAACGGAAUCUAGCAGCAGCUAAGGACGAGAAAGCCAAAGCCCAAGACGAGACAUCCAAUCAGGAAGACAAGAAUGAUGGUCACCACCACAACCCCCACGUUCACACCCAACGCAAGUUGCAGUCGAGUCGAAGACACAACCGUCUCUUGAAAGCGCAAGAUGCUCUUUGGAGCGGGGACAUGGCCUAUUUCGAAAAAAAGGCCUCGUCGUCAUCAUCGGCGGCACCAGGUGGAGAUCGAAGACUGGCAUCCAUGGAGUUGGACGAACAGGGACGUCAACUACAAGCCGCGGCAGCAUUUCAGGAUCCUCAUCAAGAUUGUCUUUCCAUGUUCCAGUGCCUCCAGAGUUGGACGACCUAUGACGUUCUUGCCUUCUUUCUCGCCGAUGACAUUAACGAUGCUGGCAACAUCACAUCCAAGAGGAACAACUUUGAUGCCGAUAACUUGGACCAGAAAAUCGCUGACAUCCGGGCAACUCUCGCGCUCUUUGACCGGACUGAUUUCUUGGCCACACCCGAGCUAGGGCCCAAGUGCAACAUGCUCCUCUCGUCCUUUCACAGGAACACACCCCAUGGAGACUACUCCACUCAUAUUCAGGCUACCUGGACCGAUGUUUGUCGCGCGGAAGGAUCCAACACGUACAUCAAGCUGAGUGAGAUCAGUGCCAAAGUUGGACCAAGCUAUGCCGAUACGGUCUUUCAGGAUCUCGUGGCUUGUACCACAAAGCUAGAUCAUGGUUCUCACGCUCAUUCAUUCUUUGGCUGGAAUUCCGACAUUCGUUUUCCCAAGGCCAUCAACCAUAACGCGAUUGAUAAACAUGGCAAACUGCACUUCGGUUUGGAUCUCUACGAGUACAAAUACAAAUACGCCAUCUUUGGCCAUGCUGAAAUGAAGAAGUAUAACCAGGCGGGAGCUGUUACCGCGGGACCACCACAUUGGGACGUGUGGAACACGAUCUCUGGUUGCAGGGAGGGUGUCAACGGAUUCUACAAGGAUUGGAUUACUACCAAAACAAGCCCCUAUCUUUUUGACGACCAUUUCAUUAACGGAGGCAGACGCUUUCCGACAUUGUUGUUCAAAUGCGAUAACUCAUGGGAUUGCUUCAUUGCGAAUGGCGAGAAUGGACAUGUCAUCUGCAGAGGAACAGUAACCCCAAAGACAAUCAAUGGUGAUGUCAAGUGCCCAGCGACUGGUUAUGGUGGUGGUGUUGGAAGUGAAGCUUGGUAUGACGUCCCGGUGCUGGAGGCUCCGGACGAUGACAAGAUGCUAGCAGCUGAAUUGGUGCUCGGCGCCAAGACUUCGAACGGCUUGGUUUGUGCCCACAAGGACGUCUCCAUGAUUGUUGGAUACUGCUGUCUGGAUGGUAUCGGAGAAUCCAGUGGGGAUACUCUGUGGGGACAAUCAUUUGAUUGCAACAUGGGAAAAAGCGCAUGCAAUGCCUUAGCCCCCGCCCUGGCAGGCAUGUCACAAGCAACUUGUGAUUUGUACUCUGGUACCUUCUGCUACAAGCCACGAGAUUGCGCUCCUUUGGUUCAGUGUAUCACUGAUGAGAUUCAGUGGGCGAAUACAACCGAUCCUGUGAAGGCUUCCUAUCGGGAUUUCCUCCUUGACUCUCCGAUUCUGGACAUCAAAGAUACCACUGACAACGAAGAGUGCGGUGGCAUUCGAGAAUACUUUGGUUUCGAAUCUCAUUGGCCCAAUGACCAGGAAAUUUGCGAGGACGUGAAGUUUCUACGACACAGCAAGACCUUCACCGACCUUGAUGGAUCAAAUGCCGAUUUUUCGACUGAGAUGCCAACUUCUGCACCGCUGCCAACGUCCCCCCCUGCACCGACGAUUGCACCUUUGCCUCCACUAAAUGAGCCCGUUGUUCCUUCUGUAUCUGCUGCAUACGUUGACCAGUAUGCAAGGAAUAUUUACCAAUUUGAAAUGGGUUUGCUGAUCAGCGAGGAGCUCUACAACCUUGGUUCGUCCUUUGAAUGCCCUGAGGACUUGACGGGAGCCGUGAAAACAGGCUGCGCCAUUGGCAAAAACAUUGCAGUGGUCAUUCUCGCAGUUAUCCUGUGGACUGCGAGUCGGAUUUUGGAGUACAUGGUGUACGCAGAUCCGACCCCUCUUGGAGAGUUCGAGAAGCAUGAAAUCUAUGAAAACGUGAUGACACUGUACGACAACAUGGUGUUGCUGCAAGAGGGUUUCGAAGUAAUCGGCGGCCAGAACUCCGCCAUUCAAGAUGCUGCCAAUUUGCAACACGAAAGCACAAGGGAAAUCCUGAAAGGCUUAAUUGAAGAGAACAAAAGAAAGAUUGACGGACCGGAUGGAAUCCGACACCAGAUAAUGGUCGACGCCAAAACAAAGUACGAAGCUCUUUACUCACACAUUACCGACACCUGUACCCCUGUCCGCAGACGAUUCUUGUUGGAGGAUGACUCAUGCGAAUCGACAGAUCCACCCAAGCUGAUGGUUCCAGCACAUCCUGAUAUUCCUGGCCGAAAUGGCGCCUUUCAGGUGACCACCCCUACCUUUUCCAGCGUCUCCGAAGCUGUAACUUUCCUGAAUGAAACGUUGCGUGUGGAGUCCACUGCGUCAGGGCUCGAACACUUGGAGUUGGCCGUUUCGGGCGAGCAAGAGUGCAGUGUGGAAGUCGAUGCCACUCCCGUAGUAGCCAGGAACUGUGGCAACAAAGCAAAGAACCACACCGGUCCCGUCACAAGCUUCGCCUUGUUGCUGGAUUCGAAGCCACCAACGCUGUCUUGUGAUUUUCUAGACACUGCCUCGAGUCCUUCGCAUCUUUUCGUGUCCGGUGACAAGAAGACCCUCUUUGUGGAAGAAGGUAGCGGUCCCAAGGUGAACACGGGCCUUCGUGUCACCGUGGAGGACUCUUGCUCGGAUCAUUUGACCGUGACUCUUUCCGUGGAAAGCAACGAAUUCGAUGAAAAGACCAGCGUUGUAAUGGCCAAGUCCAGGAGCAGCCAAAAGAAUACGGGAGGCCCCUUCAUCGAGUCCCCGAAACUGUUUGUGUCUCCCACGACCUGUGGCGCUACGGCGGAGGAUCGUUUGUGCAUCUCAGGAGCUGCUACGACGAUGAGAUUCUACAAAGCGGUGGUUACUGUCACGGACAAGGCGGGUUGGACCACCACGGAUACUUGCAAUAUUUUCGUUGUGCCUCCCAAAACAGACGGCACGGCCACAACAAGAGAGUUGCUCAGAGCUUCCAGUCAAGCUGUAAUGACGAUGGCCGAAGCGAAGGAUCUCGUCGGCAAAACUGAUGAGCUCUUCAUGGUUGGUAACUUGGAUCUAGACUGGACACGCAAGUAG